GAGGGGAGAUAAAAGUGACACAAAAGUGUUUCCAGCUGAGGAUCAGUGUGACUGUGGUAGAAAGUUCCUUGUUUGGGCUGCAUGUAUCAGGUGUCAGAAGUUGACUGUUGGGAUCCCACCAAGGAAAGGGUAUAAAUACAAGACACAAGGACAAGUCAGGAGUAAUCCCACUGUAUGUAUCCAGGCAACAGAUGCUCCAAGCUGUGACAAACUCAAACAUAUACAGUAUAUGCAGUGUGUAGGGCCCAGCUCCAGGGCUUCCCUUGUGCUCCCAUGCGAAGAGGACCCCCAGGGGAGCUGAUGCCAGCUGAGACUGAAAAACAAGGGUGUAAGGUUUAAGUCGCAUCAUGGCGGAGGAGAGCCUAGGGACAGACGACCCCAGAUCGUCCAUGCCAGCUGAGCUUCAACAUCUCCACUCUAAGUACUCUCAGUGGAAGUUCAAACUCUUUAGGGUGAGGUCCAUGGAGAAGGCACCUCUGCCCAGUGAGAAACAGUCUGAGAAAGGAGUCUUGUUAGGGAUCUCGUCUCCAACAGCUCCAAAUAUAGAGUUAGAUAAUGGUGUGGGUCCAGGGAGUGUUAUGAAAUUAUGCCUUGGGGGAAAAAGCAAGGAAAAUGUGGACGGUCCAGGCCAGAGGGUGGAUAUGAAGCUACAAGAAAUGGACACCCACAUGAACCACCUCAGGUGCUUGUGCCGUCUUUGUGGAACGCUGCUGAGAAAGGUUAAAGGACCAUUGCAUGAUGUUCAUGGGGGUCUGGAUGAGACAAGCAAACUUGCCCUGCGUAAAAUGGGUUGCAAGUUUCCCAGCUGGCCAGAGGUCAUACUCAAAGUUUUCAAAGUGGACGUGACCGAGGACAUAGAAUCUGUCCAUCCUCUGUCCUUCUGCCAUCGCUGCUGGCUGGCUGCCAUACGAGGAGGGGGCGUCUGCAGCUUCUCUAAAAUAAGAGUCCCGGAGUGGAAACCCCACUCUUCCCUCUGUCACCUUUGCUUCCCCAGGAAACCUUCAUUUCAGCGGACUGGGAGGAAGAGGCGAAAAGCCAUUCUCAGAGCUCAGGCCCAGAGCCUGGCAAAAAGGACCAGAUGGGACCACAGUGACAGCUUCGCUGUUGGUGAAAGGAGGGUUCUCAGACCAUUCGGAGACCGUCAUCAUGGUCCUGUGCUGAGAGGCUGGAGGAAAACUACCGCACAGAGAGAUCAAUGGGUGAGGAACAUCACCCACUGUCAGAAAGACCACCUGAGUUCCAAGCUGAUCUCUGAGAAGCUCCCUGUAGACUUUGUCUUUUCUUUCACCUGUCUGGUGUGUGAUCACCUCCUCUGUGAUCCAGUCCAGUCCCCCUGUGGGCAUCUCUUCUGCCGCAGCUGUUUUAUAAAAUACAGCUAUGUUCUAGGACCUCACUGCCCGGCCUGUAACUUGCGCUGUGGCCCUGAUGACCUCAUCUCGCCUGCCAAAGCCUUCUUAUCAGCUCUACAAUGCCUACCUCUGCUAUGCCCUAGAAGUGGCUGUGGCAAGCAGGUAAUUCUAGACUCAUUUAAAGCUCAUUGUUUGGACCAUGACCUGGAUGACCAGGAUGAAAACAGGAAGUCAUUAGGACUUGACAAUGAUCUGCUAACCAAUAAAGGUGGAAGACCUCGUCAGCACUUGCUAUCCCUAACCCGUCGUGCCCAGAAGCAUCGGCUUAAGGAACUGAAGAACCAAGUGAAGGUGUUUGCAGACAAAGAAGAAGGUGGUGACCUGAAGUCUGUGUGUCAGACUCUGUUUCUGCUUACACUGAGAUCUGCAAAUGAACACCGGCAGGCAGAUGAGCUAGAGGCCAUGUUGCAAGGCAGAGGCGCUGGGCUGCAUCCUGCUGUGUGUUUGGCCAUUCGGGUCAACACUUUCCUGAGCUGCAGCCAGUACCAUAAGAUGUACCGGACUGUCAAAGCAGCCAGUGGUCGCCAGAUUUUUCAGCCCCUGCAUGCCCUGCGAACUGCGGAGAAGGAGCUUCUCCCUGGCUUUCACCAGUUUGAAUGGCAGCCAGCUCUCAAGAAUGUGUCUUCUUCUUGCAAUGUUGGCAUUAUUAAUGGGCUCGCUGGAUUGACUUCCUCAGUGGAUGAUUUCCCAGCUGACACCAUCACUCGGCGGUUUCGCUAUGAUGUGGCACUUGUGUCAGCAUUAAAGGACCUGGAGGAGGACAUCAUGGAUGGGCUGAGAGAGAGUGGGAUGGAAGACAGUGCUUGCACCUCAGGCUUCAGUGUCAUGAUCAAAGAAUCUUGUGAUGGCAUGGGCGAUGUCAGCGAGAAGCAUGGUGGAGGACCAGUUAUUCCCGAGAAGGCUGUACGUUUCUCUUUCACUAUUAUGUCUGUCUCUGUCCUAGCAGACGAGGAGGAGGAAGAGGUUACCAUCUUCACAGAGCCAAAGCCAAACUCAGAACUCUCCUGCAAGCCCCUUUGCCUGACAUUUGUAGAUGAGUCAGACCAUGAGACACUCACAGCCAUCCUGUGGCCUAUCGUUGCAGAGCGUGACGCAAUGAAAGAGAGUAGGCUUAUCCUACCCAUAGGUGGACUACCUCGUUCCUUCCGCUUUCACUUCAGAGGCACAGGAUACGAUGAGAAGAUGGUGCGUGAGAUGGAGGGCCUCGAAGCCUCAGGGUCCACCUACAUCUGCACUCUUUGUGACUCCGGUCGGGCAGAGGCCUCUCAAAACAUGGUGCUACACUCCAUCACCCGCAAUCAUGAAGAGAACUUAGAACGUUAUGAAAUAUGGCGAACCAACCCCUUUUCUGAGUCUGUAGAGGAGCUGCGAGAGAGAGUCAAAGGGGUUUCUGCCAAGCCUUUCAUGGAAACACACCCCACACUGGAUGCAUUACAUUGUGACAUAGGCAAUGCCACUGAGUUCUACAAAAUCUUCCAGGAUGAGAUCGGGGAGGUGUAUGAAAAGGUCAACCCCAGCCGGGAGGAGCGGCGCAGCUGGAGGGCAGCCCUAGAUAAACAACUGAGAAACAAGAUGAAGCUUAAACCGGUAAUGAGGAUGAAUGGGAACUAUGCCCGCCGGCUAAUGACCAUGGAGGCUGUGGAGGUAGUGUGUGAGCUGGUGCCCUCAGAGGAGAGAAGGGAGGUCCUGAGGGAGCUUAUGAGGCUCUACGUGCAGAUGAAGCCUGUGUGGCGUGCCACCUGCCCAGCCAAGGAGUGCCCUGACCAGCUGUGCCGCUACAGUUUCAACUCCCAGCGCUUUGCCGACCUCCUCUCCUCUGCCUUUAAAUAUAGGUACAAUGGAAAGAUAACCAAUUACCUGCACAAGACCCUGGCCCAUGUGCCUGAAAUCAUAGAGAGAGAUGGAUCUAUAGGAGCCUGGGCCAGCGAGGGGAAUGAGUCUGCAAACAAACUGUUCAGACGUUUCAGGAAGAUGAAUGCACGUCAGUCAAAGGCCUUUGAGCUUGAGGAUGUGUUGAAACAUCACUGGCUCUACACUUCCAAGUACUUGCAGAAGUUCAUGGAAGCUCACAAAGACCCGGUCAAAGCCCUGCAAGCUUGCAUUGAGCCAGUAGAGAAUCAGGACGAUGAGGACAUGUCUCUUGAAGUUAAUGAUUUUUGA